UACUAAUCAUCUUAUUGGUGCGGCAUCAGAUCUCCUCAAAGAAGCGAUCAGAUCGCAGUUUUCCCCCAAAAAAGUUCGAGUAUCGAGCUCGACGAGCACUUCGAGACCUGAAACAUACAGGCUCUAUCAGAGAGUAUGUAAAAGCUUUUCAAGGCAUAUGCUGAAUAUUCGAGAUAUGUCGGAAAAUGAUAAGCUCUUCACCUUUAUGGAAGGGUUGAAACCGUGGACACGCACGGAACUUCAGAGACAGAAGGUUACUGAUUUGAGCACGGCUAUGGGAGCAACCGAAUGUUUGCGAUUGCUAAACGGAAUCCAGAAAAGAUCGACCUUCGAGGAGUAAUCAAGCAAUUGGAGGUGGUAACAGACCUUACAGACCCAGCUCGAACCCAAAUGGGGGAAAGCAUUACUCUCAGAAUAAGAGAGGAGCCUAUCAAAGCACCCGUAGUUUUCAGAGAAAUUAUCAUAAUAGCCGUCAAGAAAAUUAUAACGGCAGCAACAGUAACAACUGGAACAAAGGAAAAGCAAUGGAGGGCUGAACUGAUGCCACUCCCAAAUUGAUGUGAUUUUUAUGCGAAGGACCUCAUAGGGUGUCAGAGUGUCCUCAGAAACGGAUGGUGAAUGCAUAUUGUCAGCUAGCAAGUGGCGGGUCAAAUUCAAAGCAAGAGGCCCCACAAGCUAGUUGUCCUGGUGAGAUCGACUCCGAAGAGGAUGAAUACGUAGUUGGGGCAUUUUCACAUCGGUGCAACACACUAUCGCAUCGGGUUGCUAAAAAGGAUGAUGUCCCCUUGAAAGAGGCAAGGAUGGAAGAAGCGAAGGUUCGAAUUUGUAGGGCCAAAGGCUUAAUGUACAUUGAUGUGAAGAUUAAUGGGAAGUCAAUCAGGGCUAUGGUGGAUAGUGGUGCUACCCACAACUACCUUGCAUGUACCGAAAUAGAGCGACUCGGACUUGUUCCGGAAAAGGGUAGUGGAAAAGUUAAAGCAGCCAACUCCAUUGCUCAACAAAUAGCUGGAGUGGCGAAAUCAAUGUUGAUCAAAGCAGGUCCCUUCGAGGGAAGGACAAAUUUAUUUGUAGUUCAGAUGGAUGAUUUCAAGCUUAUUCUAGGAUUGGAAUUUUUUCAGGAUACUAAGACAGCAGUGUUGCCGUAUUCCAAUUCGUUAAUGAUAAUGGGUAAUAAGUUGUGUGUCAUCCCCACACAAGUUUGGAGGAUGGGCGAGAAGAGUAUCUCAGCCAUGCAAUUUAGUAAAGGUUUCAGUAAAAAUGAACCUUCUUUUUUGUGCACUCUUCGAUUAGAGGAGAUCGAAGAGGCAACUGGUCCUAUUCCAAAACCCGUUAAAAGACUUAUUCGAGAAUUUGAAUACAUCACGCCUGACGAAUUACCAAAGAAAUUACCACCAAGAAGGACGAUUGAUCAUGGAAUUGAACUUAUUUCAGGUGCCAAACCUCCUGCCAGGGCACCAUACCGUAUGUCUCAGCUUAAGGUUGAAGAGCUUAGGAAGCAAUUGGGAGAAAUGUUGGAGAGUGGAAUCAUUGUGCCUGCGAAGUCAUCAUAUGGAGCUCCUGUGUUGUUUCAGAAAAAGGUCGAUGGUUCACUUAGAAUGUGCUGUGACUAUCAAGCCUUGAACAAGAUCACUAUAAAGAAUAGCUAUCAUAUCCCACUAGUUACGGAUUACUUUGAUCGACUGAGUUGAGCGAAGU